AUGGGACAGAAAAUCCCAAUUCCGUGGGGACAGUUCUUUACUUCACUUCCGGUCUACGCCAUUAUUGUGGCCAAUUUCGCUCGGAGUUGGUCAUUCUAUCUUUUGAUCACCAAAUCGCCCAAAUAUUUCCGUGAAGUGUUUGGAUACAAUCUGGCGGAGACUGGUUUUCUGGCCGCUUUGCCUCACCUCGUGAUGGCCAUCAUUGUUCCUCUUGGUGGUCAACUCGCGGAUCGAUUGCGCAAGAAUACUCUAUCCACUACUGCGGUGAGAAAGAUAUUCAAUUGCGGAGGAUUCGGUAUGGAGGCAGUGUUUCUUCUUGGCGUUGGCUACUCCACACACAUCACAUCCGCUCUGGUUUGCCUCGUUUUGGCCGUCGGAUUCAGUGGGUUUGCGAUUUCCGGCUACAAUGUGAAUCACCUGGAUAUCGCACCGCGCUAUGCAAGUAUAUUGAUGGGUUUGUCCAAUGGAGUGGGGACGAUUUCCGGAAUGGUUUGUCCGCUAACAACAGAACUACUGACAAAAGGCGAACGCAAAGAAGGUUGGGCAAUUGUGUUCCUGAUAGCCAGUAUUGUCCACUUCGCCGGAGUAAUAUUUUAUGGAAUUUUCGCUUCUGGUGAGAAGCAGCCAUGGGCAGUGGCCCCGGAGGAAGCGAUGUCCAACUGGCAACCUCCUACGGAUCUCCCACCCGAAAUGACGCACGCGGACUACGGUUACUUCGAUGGUGAUGACCGUGCCCCGGCUUCGGGGAUGCAGAAAUCCGGUGCGAACGCUCAUUCAGUGUAUGACCAAACGGGCGCAAACAUUCCUGGCGGGUAUGGUUAUAAUCAGGGCGAGGAGAUAAAGGGACAAGGAUCAACAACGAACAGGUUAUACGGACAAAGUUACGGCUACAACCAGGGAUCCAAUGGAACCGAAGCGGGACAGGCAUCCACGGAUCCGUAUCAUCAAGGGUACUGA